AUGUGUAACGAGCAGCAGAUCGAGUGCGAGUCUAGGGGUGCCUCGAAUUCGCCAAUGAAACCCAGGAAUGGCGUAAUCUGUGUGAUUAUGGAUUAUCGUGUUUUUGAGUCAAUGCCCCGCCAAAACUCCAAAUACCCCUCCAACAAAGUGUACGCGCGCCUUGAAUCAGGUCAGAACAGAUUAGCAAUAAUGUCCGAGUCUACAGCGCCAACGCAGGCACUGCCAGCAGAGGGGGAGAAAGGACCCUCAAAGCGUGCUCUCGAGAAGGAGGCCAAAAAGGCUGCAGCCAAAGCAAAGAAGGCUGCGUACGCUCUGCGGCCUAAGGAACAAGCGAAGCCUGCGGCGAAGACGGAGCCCACCAGCAUCUUCUCAGAAGGCUGGCUCAAGCGCAUAUACGAAGAGAAGCCCGUGAAGGAUGUUCGAACGCGUUUCCCUCCCGAACCGAAUGGCUUCUUGCACAUUGGUCACGCCAAGGCCAUCGCCGUUGAUUUCGGCUUCGCGAAAUAUCAUAAUGGGGUGUGUUACCUGCGAUACGAUGACACCAAUCCUGAGAAAGAAGAGGAGAAGUACUUCACUGCCAUUCUGGAUAUUGUGAAGUGGCUGGGUUUUGAGCCAUGGAAGAUCACUUACAGCAGCGACAAUUUUGACAAACUGUAUGAGCUGGCGGAGCAAUUAAUCAGAAAGGAUGGCGCAUAUGUGUGCCACUGCUCCAGAGAGGAGAUUAACAUGCAGCGCGGAGGACCGGAUAAUCGAGGCAAGCGCUACGGUUGUGAUCAUCGCACGCGACCCAUCGAAGAGUCUAUCACUGAGUUCAGAGCCAUGCGUGAUGGCAAAUACCAGGCGGGAGAAGCUUUCCUGCGCAUGAAGCAGAAGCUGACGGACCCGACUGAGGGUAACCCUCAAAUGUGGGAUCUGCCGGCCUAUCGCAUUGUAAAGGAGAACCAUCACCACAGGACUGGCGACAAGUGGAGAAUCUACCCAACAUACGACUUCACCCACUGCAUUUGCGAUGCACUGGAAGGCAUCACGCAUUCGCUAUGUACAGUAGAAUUCCGUCAAUCACGUGUAUCGUAUGACUGGUUGCUGGAACAGCUCGACAUGAAGGUACCCAAGUCGGAGGAAAAGGGACCGAUGCAGCGGGAGUUUGGCCGAUUAAGUGUAGGUGGCACGAUUCUCUCCAAGCGCCGAAUUCUCCAGCUUGUUGAAGGGACCACUGUGGAGAAGAAGAAUGAAGAUGGCACUAUAACGAGCAAAAAGAUUGCCCCAGCGGUGCGCGGAUGGGAUGACCCACGUCUAUACACCAUGGUCGCACUCCGACGUCGUGGUGUACCAGCAAAAGCCAUGCUGAACUUCGUUGAGGAGCUUGGAGUCACGGAUUCACUCACCGAGAUUGAGCCACCUCGAUUUGAAUCCUCUAUUCGCAAGCACCUUGAACGCACUGUCCCUCGUCAAAUGUUGGUCCUUGACCCGAUCAAAGUCAUCAUCGAAGACUUUACCACCGAGGAUGAACAGGAAAUGACCGUUCCAUACGAUCCUAAGGGUACCAUCCCUGGAGAGCGAAAAGUCAAGCUUGGCGAGCAGGUUUACAUCGACCGCACCGAUUUCAGAGAAGAGGACAGUGAGGAUUACUUCAGACUGGCACCUAACAAGGCUGUUGGCCUCUAUAAUGUCCCAUUCUCCAUCCGCGCAACGGAGUUCUCCAAGGAUGCGAAGGGCAAGGUCUCUGAGAUCAAAGCCGUCAAGGUUCCCGCUACCGAGAAACCCAAAGCUUACGUGCAAUGGGUGGAUGCGGAGACAGCCGUGCCAGUUACGGCUCGUCUAUACAACUCAUUGUUCAAGACCGAUUCACCAAACACGCUGGACUGGAAGACUGGCGGCUGGGCCGAUGACCUCAGGCCUGAUUCUGAAAUCAUGUACGAACAUGCCGUCAUCGAAAGAGGUAUCAGGGAUCUUAUCAAGGAAACGUCAUUGGAUCUAAGUGGUUCUUCGGAUGCGCUCAUUCGAUUCCAGGCGCUGCGAACGGCCUACUUCUGUGUCGAUAUUGACUCAACAGAAGACAGGAUUGUACUUAAUCAAAUAACGGCGAAGCUUUCAAGUCGAGAAGCACAGACGAUAUGCCAAGUGCUUGUGGCUGAGCUGCAUGUGGCAAAGCAAUCACUAGCCACUAGCGUGAGAAAGUCGGAACAACCAGCGCCGACGGUUGCAGCGCGUGCGCCGUAG